AUGGCAUUUGACCAGCAUUCUCACCAACCAGGGAUCACACUCCCUCUUCAGUGGACCGACGCGUGGAUAGUCUGGCUCCCAAAGCCGGGCAAAGACCCAUGCGAGCCCUCAUCGCUCAGGCCAAUAGGCCUCAUGUCUCCUGAUGCCAAAGCCCUUGCAGGGCUUCUCAAAAUCAGACUCUAUGAGCUGAUUCGGCCCCAGCUGCGCAGGGUGCCGCAGUUUGCCUAUCAGCCGGGGAGGGAUUUGUACGAUGCCUUGGCUAGAGUGCAGGUGUGGAUUGACAACUUCAAAAGGUGUUACGGACGAGGAAACAGCAGCAAAUUCGCCCAAAGGGACAGGGAGAAAAAUCAGGACAACACAAAACUCUGCGUCGGGGGAGCCAUCCUCAGCCUUGACCUCAAACAGGCCUUUGACAGAGUAAACCGUCAAGCACUAGCCCAGUCGCUAAAAGACCUUGGUGCGGGAGAAAGCAUGACGGCCGAGAUUAUCUCCCUCCUAGACACAUCACGGUAUCACAUUAUCAGUGAUCAGGAACAAAGCACAGUGGGUACAACGCGAGGCAUCCGCCAAGGAUGUAAGAUCGCCCCCAUGCUUUGGGUGGCAAUAUCGACCCUUUUGCUGGAGCGGCUGGGGGAUGCCCUCUCAGGCCCCCACAGACAAGCAACCACUUUUGCCGACGAUACCUUAGUGCAAUGGCUCAUUGAAAACUCCACGGACAUUGCCCAACUUAGCAGUUUCAUCAACAAACUUCUGGGGGUCAUGCAGGACAUGGGGCUUUUGGUUAACCUUACCAAAACAGUCCUGCUCUUGAAAGUUUGCGGACCUGGGGCCAGACGCGCGCUCAAGGACUAUGUAGUGUAUAAGGACGGGAAAAAAUGGUGGCGGGCGCGACACCCUGAUGGGAGCGAGGCGCUAAUCCCCAUUGCCUGCUACACUACAUACCUAGGGACGCACCUUUCCCUCCAAACGGAAGCGCACAAAGUGGUAGGCUACCGUAUUGCUGAAGCUAACAAGAGAACUGGCAAAAUCAAAAAGGCGACCAGGUCCAGGAAAGUCUUCGGCUUAGCGCAUAGAGUACGCAUCUGGCAGGCCUGUGCUGCAUCGAGUGCUACAUUUGGCCUCAUUGCUUUCGCGCCCUCUGCCAAGGCGGUGGCACUCCUCAGGGGUUGGUUCUAUCGUCAACUAAGAGCCGUUGCGGACUCACCUGCCCACAUCUCGCAUGAGACUAACAAGCAACUUCGGCAAAGAUUAGGGGUUCAGGAUCCUAUAGAUGCCACUGUGCAACGGAUUCGGCAUAAACUUGACAAGCUUCGGGUUGCAGAAGCGAGCAUCAUCAACCAGCCACAAACUCUCCAGUAUUGGGAAAGUAUGCUACAGCAAUACCUCAUCUUCCACACAGAUAACAUCGAUGCGGAGCCCGACUCCAGGCUGAUCCCGGUGCCCGCGCAACAAUCGCAGCCGGUGGCCUGCCCAGUCUGCGGAGUGUACUUCCCAUCAAACAAAACAAUGAGACAGCACAGGGGAAGAGUCCACAAGGUGUAUGUGAGCUCGCACCGGCAUGAUGAUGACAUGUAUCAACAACAGGAUCACUCUGCUGGUGGCAUGCCACAGUGCAUUCAUUGUGGUCUUAAGACGGGUUCAUGGGACGCGCUGAGGAAUCACAUCCUCAACAACGUUUGUGGCUGGCAGAUGCCACCCGGCCCCACUCGGGAGGCCGAACAGCAGGACAUCGCUACCCCCCCUAGGGGUCACUCAGACAGGGAGCCACGCAUACUUGAAGACACCCAUCCCUCGAGCACCAUCGCUCGGCAACAACCGGUACAGCCUGCCCAGGAGGAGCCGACGAUCCCGUUGCUGCGUAGACCUGAAGUGGCGAAGCAACUACUGCAGUCGGACUCUAAGCUGCAGAUCGUCAGAGAUCACGCUAGGAGUCUCAUUCAGCACUGUGGCUUCUGUGGACAGUGGAUUGCUAAGGGAGGCUCGGUUAAGGAGCACAUCAAGAGAAUGCACUCACACAUAUGGCAUGCAAGUAUUGGCAACCUGGACACUGAGUGUGCGCUGUAUAAAUCUCACCUCACCCGUGACAGUGUCUGCGACCUUUGUGAGGUCAUGGUGUACCAACCCGACAGGCACACUCGGAGCUGCACGGUUAUUUUCCAAACAGCCUUAGCCACAGCAUGGCAUAAGGUUGGGGCGCCGGACACGGCCCCCGUCGCCAGGGAUGUGAGAACUUGCAUCACUGAUGAGUUCCUUGCCAGGCAACUCAACCCCGACGUGCACAGGCAGGGCAAAAUGGAGGCAGGAGACAGCGAGGUCAUUGACAUGCUGACACGGCACUGUGGACUUUGCCUUCAGCGAUUGACGAAUCAACAGGACUGGAGGCGACACUGUGCCAACCAGCACAAGGAGGCCUGGAAGCGAGCUGAGGGAUUUGCAGAGUUGGUACACGGUUUGUUCACGCUCAAAAGUGCCUGCCACUCUUGCAAAUCGCAUUUCUGUCGCGCCAUGGACGACCAAGCACUGCAGGAAGUGGCGAACAUGUGGGGGCAGCACAGCCCGAUGGAACUCAUAAUGAGGGACAGGCCGACCGAGGAGGAGAACGGCGAGGGGCGGAAAUUCCGUCGCAGGGAGGGCAAAGGCCCAGGCAAAGCAAAAAGGGAGCCGAUCCCGGCCCCAAACCAGCAGCUGGCAAAGCAAGUGCAAGUUCUAACCAAGUAUGUCAGCCAGCACGCCAUGGCGCUGCAACUGCUGGAGGCCGACAGAAGUUGGGUUCUCUGGAUGGACUCUGGAGCGAUGGGCAUCAUACCUCAGCUGGUCAAGACCACGGCCACCUGGAAGGAGAGCCGAGAGCAGAACAAGUGCACCUGCAGCCUUCGCCAGGCUCUCCUGGGAUCGCUCCUGCUGGAGCUGCAAGCUCGGCUUGCGGAGAUGGAGGGCGACAAGGCGGCACAGGCGCCACUCAUUCAGAGGAAGAUGCUCGUAGCAGAACCAAUGGCGUGGUCGUACACGAGAUGGAAUCCGGACAAGAAACUCCAGGAGCCCAGAGAGGGCAACCCGCUCUCUCAUCAGGAUGCAAAGGAGGCAGUUCAACUGCUGAUGCGAGAGGCCGUCAAGCCCAACGUCAUCCAGCGCUUCCAUGCUCUAGGCGGAGUCAAGGAGGACAGGCCAGGAGCCACGACGUUCGUGCUGACAGUCUCCCUGGACGCCGAUGCACGGCCCAACAUCAACAAGGCACUCCAUGCUCUCACGGAGACAGCGGCCACCGCGCUCAUAGGAGCCAGGAUCCGCCCGGAAAGAAGCCACAAGCCACUUCCAGAGGACCUACAGCGGGCCAUCGACGCGACGAGAAGGCAAUGA